GGAGCUGUCCGGGGAAGGGUUCGCAUGCUGCCCUCCGCCGCAGCCUGCGCGUUUUCAACUUCAGCGCUUCCUUGGUAUUUGCGAUCGGGGAUGUAAUCACCGUUUUGAGAGGGCUUCUGAAACGUGACCUAAUCGUGGCUUGAUGCGAAGUACACCUCCUUGUUUGGGUUCCAUUAGCGAGAAGUCAUGCUAGAAACGCGACUUCCAGACCUUCCCCCCCUGCCCUGUAGAGAGAGUAUAGGUACCACUGUCUGCUACGCAGGGCGUUGAACGCCAAUGAACGGUAGAAGCUAUGCUGCAUGGCAGAGUAGUCGAUUGGGUAGUCGAAUGUGUUUCUUAUCUCUGAUUGCUUCAAAUAACUCGGUGUUUCAUUCUGAACCUAGAAAAUAUCCCUAAAUGCCUGGCCAUAAGCUUAAAUCGUCUCAGAAGGACAAGGUCCGCCAGUUUAUGGCAUUUACCCAGGCUGGUGAAAGGACUGCUAUAUACUGCUUAAUGCAGAAUGAAUGGAAGCUAGAAGUGGCAACAGACAACUACUUCCAGAACCCAGACUUGUACUACAAAGAAUCCAUGAAAAAUUCAGUAGACAGGAAGAAAUUAGAACAAUUGUAUAAUCGAUACAAAGACCCACAAGAUGAAAAUAAAAUUGGCAUUGAUGGGAUUCAACAGUUCUGUGAUGAUCUAAGCCUGGACCCAGCCAGUAUCAGUGUUCUGGUUGUAGCAUGGAAGUUCAGGGCAGCUACUCAAUGUGAAUUCAGUAAAAAGGAAUUUGUUGACGGCAUGACAGAGUUGGGGUGUGACACCACAGAAAAACUAAAAGCUUUAUUGCCAAGACUGGAACAAGAGCUAAAGGAUCCAACAAAGUUCAAAGAUUUUUAUCAGUUUACUUUUAACUUUGCUAAAAACCCUGGACAAAAAGGUCUAGAUCUAGAAAUGGCAAUUGCAUAUUGGAAUUUAGUCUUGUCAGGAAGGUUUAAAUUUCUAGAUCUUUGGAAUAAAUUUUUGUUGUCAAGAUACGACAUUUGGCUUGAGUGAGAGGACAUGUUUGCUGUUGUUUUGGACAUCAACUUCAUUUUGAUCAAGUUCCAGAUUUUUGAAAUGCAGUUUGUUCUUCUCAAUACUUCAGAGUAUUGCUGCUUAAAAAAAAAAAAACCCAACCAACUAAACAAAAAAACCCACAACACAAAACCAAAACCACAAAAAAACCCAACCCUUCACCGAUUAAGUCUUUUCGUGCAGUUGCAACUUUUCUCUGCAAACCAGAACUAGGUGUUGAAAUUUAAUUCCCUAUUACUCACCCCUGCUAUCUUCAGGUAACACAGCAGUAUCACCAGAUGAAGGGAGAUGUGAAUGGUCUGACUUGAUCCUACAGCUCACAACUGCUUAGUAGUUGUGUUUCCCCACACACUCUCUCUUCUUGGGAGUGUUUAUUUUAAAAGCUGAGAGAACGCUGAUUGGGACUGAAGUUUUUGGAGUGCUGCUCAAACUGGCCAGGGUGGCAACUAGGACUUGUGAAUGGGGUGAUGCAGAAAGAGCGUACUUGAAAUCGGACAAGAGGUGGUAGUGGAGAAUAGGGCAGACUGGGAAAAAGGAGACUGGACAGAAGUGGAGCAAAUGCAGGUAGUGCAUUAUGGUGAAGGAGAGAACAGCUGAAGAGAGGCCGAGAUGACGGAUCCGGAAGGUAGUCUGGGAGUAAGUGGGAAGAGCGAAGGUGCAACUGUAACCAACAGGUUGAAAGAGAGACUGGGUAGGUGUGAGUAAAAAGGGAUAAGGAAAAAAGGCCUCAAGUUGAAGUGGCAGAAUGCUAACCUGUGGCUGCACAGUUUCAAAACCUGGAAUGGAUGCCAUUAAGUAGAAGUAUAAAGUGCAUUUGGUUUAUUCUUUUCCAUAACAAGUUAGGAACACAUACCCUAAAAGCAGAAUGGAAGAAAUAAAUGACUAUCAAAGACGACUUAUACUUUUUUGCCGCCUUCAGUUGUAAUUUAUUUUGUAGCUUUCUUUGGAAGCUCUGAGCUUCAUUUAAAAAAAACAAAAGAGAGAGAGAGAGAAGAAGAAGAAAUACUUGUAAAACAUGUAUUUCUGUAUAUGUCAGUAUAUCAAAAUACUACUGUGGAAUUUGAAAAUAGUUUGGAUUGAACAGUACCAUUUUUC